AUGGAUCCCGAAAAGAAACCGAGUUCGGAAGUGACUGUGGAUGAUAUUUUAACGAUUUUGGGCCCUUUUGGAAAAUUCAAUGUUUUUAGUUUCAUUAUGAUAUUGUUUCCUGUAUUUUUGGCGGGAAUGUAUUCUUCGGUUUAUAAUUUUGAAGUUAUGGAUCUUAAAUAUAGAUGUUCAGUACCAGAAUGCGAAGGCUACCCCGAUCACAUCAACUUCACGAUACCCCAUGAUAGUGAUGGUCUACCAUCCAAGUGCUUCCGAUACGCUCCCUUUAGCAACGUAUCUUUCUAUAGUAAUGACAGUCAAUGUUUUCCACAUUACUAUGACACGUCGACAGAGAUUGGAUGCGAGUCCUAUGUGUAUUUGGAGGAUCAUUCUAUUGUAAAGGAGUUCGACCUCGCCUGUCAAGACUGGAAACGGUCCUUAGUGGGCACAGUUCACAAUGCGGGAUUUUUCAUCGCGAUCCCGCUGACAGGACUCAUAUCUGACAGAUAUGGCCGCCGUCCUGCACUCAUUUUCGCUUCGGUGGCCAAUGGCGUGUUCGGAGUCAUUCGGGCAUUGUCGGUUAAUUACAACAUGUUCGUUGUGUUUGAAUUUUUGGAACCUGCUUUUGGUGCUGGAGUUUAUACAGCGUGUUUUGUUCUGGCGUUGGAGCUCGUGGGACCAAAAGGCAGAGUCUUCGUCAGUCUCCUCUUCAAUACGAUGUUCAUUCUUGGAGGCGUCACAGUCACUCUCCUCUCCUGGUGGCUCCUCAACUGGAGAUACCUGCUCUUCAUCAUCUACACUCCUGCAGUCUUCGUCUUCAUUUACAUCUGGGCUCUCCCAGAAAGCUUCAGAUGGCUCUUCAGCAAGGGAAGAUACGAAGAAGGAUUAAGCGUCCUUAGCAGGUCAGAAAAGAUGAACAAUGUCAACGUUCCUAAAGACCAUUACGAGCAAGUUGAAAAGCAAGCCACAAAGCAAAGAGACGAAAGGAAAUGUGAGAAUGUUGAGAGGAACCAGUCGACCUUCAAUCAGAUGCUCACGUCUUCUAUGAUAUGGAAAAGACUGUUCAUUUGUUCUUUCCUCUGGAUCUCCUCGACGCUGGUCUACUACGGUCUUUCAAUCAAUGCUAUUGAACUCUCCGGGAACAGAUAUGUAAACUACAUAGUGAUCUUGGUGAUAGAAGCUCCUGCCAAUGUCUGCAAGCUGAUCUUUUUGGACAGAUUUGGAAGGAAGAGGGUGAUCGCUACUGCGUAUUUCCUGACUGGAUUGAUUCUGAUCAAUUAUGGAUUUGUACCAGUGGGCAACUGGUCAAUCCUUCUCUACCUGGGUGGCAAGUUCUUCAUAACGUUAGCCUACAACUCCCUAUACGUGUUCGCAGCUGAAGUAUUCCCGACUAACUACAGAACCUCUCUCCUUGCUAUGUGUUCUACCAUCGGAAGAAUAGGGUCCACAGUCGCACCACAAACUCCUUUAUUGACGAGGUUCUACGAAUACCUCCCAACAAUGAUAUUUGGGGGCAUGGCCGCAUUAUCAGGAUUCCUAGUCCUCACAUUACCAGAGACAAACAACCUCAAGCUACCAGACUCCUUGAAAGAAGCCCAGGAUCAAGACAGAAGAAAAGAAAUUGAGGACACAGUUGAAAGAACCGUUGAAAGAACAAACACAACCACAGAUAACAAAACUAGGUUAUAA